CUCUUACAAAAUGAAUUUGAAUAUAUUCACGAUUCCUUAACGGCGAUGGGCCAUCCGAGUAGUUUAAUAAAGAAACAUCUGAAAACAUCAGAGAGAAAACCUGAGACUAUCACUGCAUGUAAAAACCUCUAUUUAUUAAGUUACAAUUUAAUGAUGACCUAUCAAGUGAGAUUUUAUUCCAGAGACUUUCCAGGAGUAUACGAAGAACGUUUUACUCAGCACACCUAUGGUUGUCAUUCUCCAGCCAACAAAUGAUUGGGACGCAAACGAAGGAUAAGCUAGAUGGUUUUGCUACAUCUAUGUGCAUUUAUCAAUUCAACUGCACCUGCGGUGACAGUUAUGUUGGGCGAACUACUAGACAGCCUAGCCAACGUGUCACUAUUGAACAUCUUCCAUCGUGGUGGUUUGGCAAAGGACAGACAGAACCAAUCCGUAGCUCAAUUUUGUCACAUUUACUUGAUAGUGGUCAUGUAGUGGGGAAAACGAGAGCUUUCAAAGUAAUUCAUCGUGUCCCACCGAAUCUUUCAAAUAAACUUCGUAUUCGUCUACUGCACACAGCUGAGGCAGGCGAUAGGCAUUCGAACUAUUCAACGUAAACUAUGCACCUAAAAAAGUUUGUACAGUCAUUAUCCCUCCCUUAUUGGCCUAUUAAAACAACCAAUUGAUGACUUCCCCACCAAACCUUAUUUAUAUUUUCAAACCC